AUGUCAUCUGAAAACGAAAUUGAUACUAGCGAUAAAGUUACACACCUCGAGUUCGUAGGAGACAAGGUCACCCUUUUGGAAAAAUUUUUAGAGUCAGCGUUAGGCACAAAUAUUACUAAAGAUGCAUUGAGCAAACUUAAUCCAAAGAUCAAGAUAAAGCGGGAUUCAACACUUGAAAUGGACCCAGAAAAAGAACUUGAUGAUCUCCGGACAUCACUUGUUUAUUUAUUGCAGGAUUUAUGGUCAACUUAUGCGAAUCUCGAAGAUAUUGUACAAUACUGCGAAGACAAGAUUAAAGAUGAACAUUAUCAAAAAUCAAUUGUGGAAUUGGAGCGGGAUAUGAGAGGUACAGCUGAAAGGCUCGGUUUGAUGGUACGUAUGUAUGGCCUUAAAGAGAAAAUUAAUUAUCGGCCUACAAACCCGGAAUACGACACUAAUUAUGCUAUUACUGAGUUUGUCCCACGCGAUAUAAAAUAUAGAGGUAAAGAACCCUUAUCCUCACACAUGAAAUUUCAAACACCACGAAGCGAGUUCCAUCAAAAAUUACGUAAAAAUGAUUUCUUUUCCUAA